AUGAGCACUGCACUCGUAUUUGGCGCCAACGGCGUCUCCGGAAUCGCCUUGCUUCAAGCUCUCUCCGCUUCUUCCGACAAAGAAUGGAAGAAGAUUAUCGCCAUCUCGCGCCGUCCUCCCGUUCUCGACCACGACGACUCGCGAAUCGUCUUCGAGUCGGUCGACCUCCUCGCGCCCAAGGACGAAGUCGUCCAGAAGCUCCGCCAUGCUGGAGCUGCCGAGGCGACUCACACAUUCUUCUACGCUUACAUCGCCAAGGAGGACGAGCAGGAUUUGAUCGAUGUGAACCGCAAGCUAUUCGGCAACGCCAUGGAAGCCGUCGCCGAGGUCGCCAAGCAGAUGAAGGUCUUCCUGCUCCAGACGGGAUACAAGUACUACGGUACGCACAAGGGCGGCGAGAACUUGGCUUCGUAUCCCUGGAAAGCCGACUCGCCGCGCCACGAAGGCGGCAACUUCUAUUACGUGCAGGAGGACAUGCUCAAGGACGAGUGCAGGAAGAACGGCUGGAAGUGGAUCGUCACGCGCCCGAACUUCAUCCUCGGCGUCACCAAGGGCAACUUCAUGUCGCUCGCUACCACCGUCGCAUUGUACGCCUCGAGCUGCAAAGCGCUCGACCAGCCGCUCGUCUUCCCCGGCUCGUCGGUCUCGUACAAGCUCGAGUACGACCAGUCGACGGCCUCGAACAACGCCGCGUUCCAGAUCUUUGCGGCGACGACGGACAAGGCGUACGAUCGCGCUUUCAACAUCUAUGAUGGCAAGACGGAGACGUUUGCCGUCCUCUGGCCGAAGAUCGCAGACUACUUCGGCGUCAAGCUCGCCUCUCCUCCCGCCGACGACCCGCCUUCAUCCGCCAACAUCGGCUCCGAUGUCGUCAACCUGCACUCCGUCCCUCAAUGGGCCGAGAAGUACAAAUCCGACCUCGAGAAGCUCGUCAAGGAGAAGGAUCUCGACCCUGACGCGCUCAAAUACGCCACCUGGGACUUCCUCGACUUUGCUACGUCGCGCACAUGGAAGGACCGUGCGACGCUCGACGAGGCGAGGUCCAUUGGGUGGACCAAGAUGGUUGACAGCUUCGAGGACGGAUUCAAGCCGGUGUUUGAGGAGCUCAAGCGGCUCAAGGUCAUCCCGGCGUAG